AUGACUGCCGUGGUCGUCUUCGGGACAUGCGACACCAAGUUUGAAGAGCUUGUCUUUCUCAAGAACGCUAUCCGAGAACGCAACAGGGGUGGCACGACUCGUUUAGUUGAUGUCGGAUGGCGGGAUUGCGAGCAUGAAGAGAUUGAUUUCUCUCGUUCGAACUUGAUAAAGAAGUAUGGCAACAGGGCCGAUACCUCUCAAAUGCCACGUUCUGAGCUGAUUUCAUACAUGGCUCAGUGCGCAGCUGGCCUUCUGGAAGAACUCUACAAGGAACAAUCACUUCAUGGGGUCGUUGCCGCGGGCGGCUCGGGAGGCACGGUGUUGGCCUCCAAGGCGUUCAGAAGUGCCUUGCCAAUUGGGUUCCCCAAGCUCAUUGUGUCUACGGUAGCCAGCGGAGAUACCAGCGUCCUUGUUGGUGAGUCGGAUGUGACGCUCAUGUACUCGGUGGUGGAUGUUGCCGGAAUGAAUCGCCUGUUGGCUGGGAUCCUAGCGAACGCUGCGGGAAGCAUCUCGGGAAUGGCGGCGGCGUAUAAAGCCCGCAGCGAACUACUACCGCAAUCUGAAUCCAGUCUCAAAAAGCGUGUUGGUAUCACCAUGUUUGGCGUCACGACUCCAGCGGUGAACGCCAUCAAGAAGCAUUUGGACUCAUCCCAGCAAAUCGAGACCUACAUCUUUCAUGCCACGGGUCAUGGGGGUAAAUCGAUGGAAAGGCUAGUCACCGAAGGCCAGCUUGAUGCAGUCCUGGAUCUCACGACUACUGAGGUGUGUGACCUGGUGACAGGAGGCAUCAUGGCUGCAGCCCCUGAGCGCUUUGAUGCAGCAAUCCAAGCCGAGAUACCCACGAUCAUAUCCCUAGGGGCCUUGGAUAUGUCCAACUUUGGGCCGAAAGCUGAUAUUCCCGAAAAAUACCGUGAGCGUAAUUUGUAUGAACACAACAGUCUAACAACCCUUAUGCGUACAUCGGAGGAAGAGAGUGCGGAAAUAGGCAGCUUCAUAGCCAAGAAGCUAACGGGCACCAAGACACCUGAGAAGACCCAGGUUUGGAUUCCUCUGGGGGGAGUCAGCAUGCUUUCCACCCCUGGCGGGGUUUUCGAAGACCGCCACGCUGAUCAGAUAUUAUUUAAUACGAUCAAGGAAGAACUUCGAGAUAGCGGGAUCAAGACCGUGGAAGAUCAACGAGAUAUCAACGAUCCGGGGUUUGCAAAAGAUAUCGCGAACGCUCUCAUAUCAUUGCUGCAACUGAAUUGA